AUGAACAAACUGUAUAUCGGAAACCUCAGCGAGAAUGCCGUCCCUUCGGACCUGGAAAGUAUCUUCAAGGACGCCAAGAUCCCGGUGUCGGGACCCUUCCUGGUGAAGGCGGGCUACGCGUUCGUGGACUGUCCGGACGAGAGCUGGGCCCUCAAGGCCAUCGAGGCGCUUUCAGGUAAAGUGGAACUGCACGGGAAAUUAAUGGAAGUCGAGCACUCUGUCCCAAAAAGACAAAGGAUCCGGAAACUUCAGAUACGGAAUAUCCCGCCUCACUUACAGUGGGAGGUGCUGGAUAGUUUACUAGUCCAGUAUGGAGUGGUGGAAAGCUGUGAGCAAGUGAACACUGACUCGGAAACUGCAGUCGUAAAUGUAACCUAUUCCAGUAAGGAUCAAGCUAGACAAGCAUUAGACAAACUGAAUGGAUUCCAGUUGGAGAGCUUCACGUUGAAAGUGGCCUACAUCCCUGAUGAAACUGCUGCCCAGCAGAACCCCUUGCAGCAGCCCCGAGGUCGCCGUGGGUUUGGGCAGAGGGGCUCAUCGAGGCAGGGGUCUCCAGGAUCAGUCUCCAAGCAGAAACCGUGUGACUUGCCUCUACGCCUACUGGUCCCCACCCAGUUUGUUGGAGCCAUAAUAGGAAAAGAAGGUGCCACCAUUCGGAACAUUACCAAACAGACUCAGUCUAAAAUUGAUGUCCAUCGUAAAGAGAAUGCGGGUGCUGCUGAGAAGUCAAUUACUAUCCUCUCUACCCCUGAAGGUACCUCUGCGGCUUGUAAGUCUAUUCUGGAGAUUAUGCAUAAGGAAGCUCAAGAUAUAAAAUUCACAGAAGAGAUUCCCUUGAAGAUAUUAGCCCAUAAUAACUUUGUAGGCCGUCUUAUUGGUAAGGAGGGAAGAAACCUUAAAAAAAUUGAGCAAGACACUGACACUAAAAUCACGAUAUCUCCAUUGCAGGAAUUGACGCUGUAUAAUCCAGAGCGCACCAUUACAGUCAAAGGCAACGUUGAAACAUGUGCCAAAGCUGAGGAAGAGAUAAUGAAGAAAAUCAGGGAGUCUUAUGAAAAUGAUAUUGCUUCUAUGAAUCUUCAAGCACAUUUAAUUCCUGGAUUAAAUCUGAAUGCCUUGGGUCUGUUCCCACCCACUUCAGGGAUGCCACCUCCCACCUCAGGGCCCCCUUCAGCUAUGACUCCUCCUUACCCACAGUUUGAGCAGCAGUCAGAAACGGAGACUGUUCAUCUGUUUAUCCCAGCCCUAUCUGUUGGCGCCAUUAUCGGCAAGCAGGGGCAGCACAUCAAGCAGCUUUCUCGCUUUGCAGGAGCUUCUAUUAAGAUUGCUCCAGCUGAAGCACCAGAUGCUAAAGUGAGGAUGGUGAUUAUCACCGGGCCACCAGAGGCUCAGUUCAAGGCUCAGGGAAGAAUUUAUGGAAAAAUUAAAGAAGAAAACUUUGUUAGUCCUAAAGAAGAGGUGAAACUUGAAGCUCAUAUCAGAGUGCCGUCCUUUGCUGCUGGCAGAGUUAUUGGAAAAGGAGGCAAAACGGUGAAUGAGCUCCAGAAUUUGUCAAGUGCAGAAGUAGUUGUCCCUCGUGACCAGACACCUGAUGAGAAUGACCAAGUGGUUGUGAAAAUAACUGGUCACUUCUAUGCUUGCCAGGUUGCCCAGAGAAAAAUUCAGGAAAUUUUGACUCAGGUAAAACAGCACCAACAGCAGAAAGCUCUGCAAAGUGGACCACCUCAGUCAAGACGGAAGUAAAGGCUCAGGAAACAGCCCACCACAGAGGCAGAUGCCAAACCAAAGACAGAUUGCUUAACCAACAGACGGGCGCUGAACCCCUAAUAUCCAGAAUUACAUGCACAAGUUUUUACCUAGCCAGUUGUUUCUGAGGACCAGGCAACUUUUGAACUCCUGUCUCUGUGAGAAUGUAUACUUUAUGCUCUCUGAAAUGUAUGACACCCAGCUUUAAAAAAAUAAAUAAGUGGGGGGAGGGAGGGAAAGAGAGGAGCUCUGCACUUCCCUUUUGUUGUAUUCUCGGUGUAACAAAUAUUCUAAUUUUUCUUAAUAUACCCCCCUAAUGCCAGAAAUCGGCUAAAUUCAUAA